AUGUCACAAUUACUCUACAGUUACUUCUUAAAGAAGCUGUCUUUAGACCAUAUAGCAGAUGUUGGUGAGAGUGAAAAUGAUCCAUAUUUCGAAACCAUUCCUGAUAAUGAAUUACAUUUCUAUCAAAGAAAGGGAGCCAAGAGAAAGAAGAAAUUGCCUGGAUUUAUUCCAAAACACGACUUAAAAAUUCUCAAUUCUAUUAAAACUUCUGCCUAUAGAUUGGAUUUACAAUUGAGUAUGUGUGGUAUUCGCUUAGGUUGGGCAGGUAUCAUUGGGUUAAUUCCAUGGAUUGGGGAUGCUAUUGCAUUCUACUUUGCCUAUAGCUUAGUUCAAAAAGCAAAAACUGUAGACGGGGGAAUAUCUAAAGUUUUAGAAGCUGAAAUGAUGUCUAACGUGUUGCUAGAUUUUGGAAUUGGUUUGAUUCCAAUUGUUGGCGAUUUGAUUAAUAUUAUGUAUAAGUGUAACUCGAGAAACUUUAUCUUGCUUGAAAAGCACUUGAUAAAGAAGUACGAGGGAACCAAUCAUGCUGCGGAACCGACAAAGGUUACUACUGAAGGCAGCAGUAGUGCCACCAACAAACAUAAAGCUAAGACUGAGCCACUACCAGAAAAAUCUAAGAAAGAGGAAGCAGCAGCUGUUGCUGUCCCUCCUCCUACCCAUAAACCACCAUUGCCAACAAGGGAAAGUGAAACACAUCAUAUUCUGGCACCACCACCAGACGUGUAUGCCAAACCACCGGAUGUUGCGCAGAAGGUUUAG